CGAAGGAAAUUUACCAAAAUAAAUUGCAGUUUCUACGCUGUUCCAAAAUAGAUUAUCUAAAAUCUAAAUCGUUUAUCAAAUACACCUGAGCUUUGCUUGAAUUAGUAAUAAGUUCACUCCAAAACAAUGUUGGAGGUUAUAAAUGGAUUUCUACUAGUAUACUUUGUCGUUUUGACCACGAUUAGUGUAUUAGUACCUCAUUUUGUUAAACCAAUUGCAGCAUGCUUUGCCAGGCCAUCUGUAGAAGAAAGAGCAUCCUUUGCAGAGGUUAAAAGACUGAAAAAUGAACAAAAGAACAUUUCCAUGAAAGAAGAAUUUGCAGCAUUUCAUAAACUGCAGCGUAAAAUUAAUGAAAUAGAGAACCUACUGAAAGAGAACUCUCAAUCCAGGAUGAGUAAAAGCCUCGCAGUUAAGAGUACUGUACAUGUAGCUCUUCAAGCAGUUGUAGCUUUGAUAAUUGUGCUUUCAGUUAUCUGGUUCAGGCGCGAACCAAUAGUUGCACUCGAGGGCAAUUUGUUUCCACUGUCAACUAUGCUGAGAUACCCCAGUGAAACUCCCAAUGCCAUCUCUACUCAUGUGUGGGUGAUGAUCUCAAAUCUCUCUAUCAGAACAUUAUUGAAACCAAUUGUUUAAUUAAUUUAUGUAAUAUUGUAU